AUGGAGCAAGUAAGAAAAACCUUCUUCGACCCGCUCGCAUCAUCGAAGGCUCGGAUUCGAGAGAUCCUAGAGGAACUUCCAGUCGGCUCAGCACACCCUUUCAGUCCCGAGCGACUUCUUCUUUGUCGGACAGAGACCGGCAUUAACGAAAUUGACAUCUCCUCCUAUCCAGAUGACUUUUUCUUCAAUGCUGUGGACAUGGGCGAGAUGGGUGAGGUCCUUCUGAGGCGCAUGGCUGGCUUCCAGUCUGAUCUCGGGAUAUUCGAGCACUUCCAAAUCCUACAAGCGCCAGCUUCUACGUUCAAGGUCCCGAUAGUGUCUGGUGAAAUUAUGAUCCUGGCAGUCUCUCAAAGAACGCCCACUUACUACGAUUUCUGCUUCGCGGAUGCAUCAUGCAACACGUGUUGCUGGAAUUCAACAGCUACCUUUCCAGGAAUUGCCCAUAGUGGUGAUAUCAACUGCGGAAAAGAUCUCCUGCAGUAUGUCAAGAUCAAAAAGGACACUCUCACAGAGAAAGAAUUAUGCGUGUUCAUAUCUGGCUACAACAUGCACCCCAUUACAAGAUUCCUGGGAACCCACCCUGCUUUGCUCGUUGCUGAUCAUGCAGAUAAGACCCUUUAUAUCGUCCCGGUCCCUUUGGAUGCAGCGACAAUUGGAGACGCAACCAUAUGUUGCCCACUGGUGAUCAAGCGUGAAGGGGACUCUCUGGUCUGUUCAAUUUUGUCAACAGCAACGACUGAUCUAAAUAAAAGCUGCUCCGGUAAAAAAUUGGAAAGUGCUUCCUUCCUGGAAGCCAUCACCCGUGCCGAUUUCACCACAUCUGAUACUUCUCCAACUGUUACACGAAAUCUUACACCAAUAGGCGAUUCAACUGAAGAGAAAACUAGCUCGAGUUUGGAGAGUCUGCACGAGAUCACCAAAGAAAACGCCGUAUUUACCACCGAUUUAGCCACUCUCCCUUCCUUCCUUGAUUUAGAAAAAGCACAAAUCAUACGUUUUGGGGCUGGGAUUGAAUUCAGGCUACCAGGAGAAGAGCUCCCUACGGAGACUAAGCCAUCCGCCGUUGUUUUGCCAUGCAUAUUUGGUUCCCAGCUUGAAGGCCCAUUUCUGUUGGCAACGGGGACGGCCCCUUCAAACGUUCCCUUCAUCGGUGAAAUUGCGAUCCGGGACUACUACAAGCAACUCAAGAAUGCCGUCGUGGUUGUUGACGAUCGAAUGACAGAUAACGCCCGCAACCUCGCAAGUAUUUACAGAAUCAAUGCACUUUUCAUUGUGCAACUGAGUUCAAACCCUGGGCCAAAGAAUACCGACGAUAUUAUGUCGUUGUUGAACUCAGCAAACAUCAACGCAGUUACAGCACUCGCAGGACCACAAUCCUUGGUUCUAAUUCAAAUCUCCGAUAGAUAUUACUUCUACCGAGGUAUUGCUAAUCGGGCACACAUCAACACCUCCACACUCGAAUUUGGCUCUGAUGUGACGUCUAUACUCGAGUCUAUCGAUAUUGAAUUCAUUCUAGAAUCAAGAAUUGAGCGUGUUGUUACCCUCGGCCAUGCAACUCCUAUCAUCCUACCCACUUCAGGCCAGUUGGUCCAGCCUCGAAAUCUUCAGAGGCUGUUCGAAGAACUUUCGAUCGACCAAAUCAAAGAGCUGGAAGAGGACAUAUUAGCAGCGGUUCCCCAGCUCCAAAUUCUUUUGAGCGAGAAAGAACUACAGGAACUCUCCAAAAGCUUGGUAUCUGUACUCUCAAGCAGGAUCGACAACGCAACAGCUACAUUGAGAAAGAACUACACCAACUACCUGACCCAGGAAUACAAACCCACAGAUCCAGAAUCUGCGAAGAAGAAGAAUUCUAUGCUUGGAAAAUUGAGAAAGCUCACAAAGGAGAUGCAAAUUGCCCUUGGGCCGCUCAUUUCAAGCUUGGUCAACAUAAUCUCUUGUCAAACGACUUCAAAGCGGACACACGAUCUGAAGAGACUUGUUCGCCAAACUCAGAUUCUGGCCAAUGUCGAGGCCGUUAAGUCCAUGACUUUUGACACUCUGGCAGGAUUCCUUGAAACACAUGCGGGAGAUAUGGGUGUCAUGCUAUUGAAUAUUGACACAUUGUCCUACUCCCAGCUCUUGGGGAAUCUGAAAGACACCGCAAUCAAUGCCAGUUCAUGCUGCGACCUUGACUCAAGGGUUCUAUAUCUCGAGGGAUUCGAUGCCGGAAUUAUCAUCGAGCAGUCGCAGUCCAACCACAAUGGUCCACUUCAAAGUCAGGACGGUCCCUCCCAUCCAAUUCUGGCAUUGCCAUACCUGAGCCAAGAAUCAGGAACCGGAUCGAUGUUAGCCUGGGUCUGUUGGGAUGAAUUCGUCAACCUCGAAAGUCCCUACACCGUGAGAUGGAUGGAGAAGUGCAAUGAACCCCACAUUGCCGCACUACGAAUCCUCAUGAGGUCUACUCUUAGUCAAGCAGUGUCGGCUAGAGAGCAUCAGAUUGAACCUAACAGCAAAGAAACUACCCAUCUUAUGAGCGCUUUGUUAAUGGGAGCUAUGUCGAAGCUCGCGGCGAUGAGGACAACCGCGCCGAUUGUGUCACAGGAGGCUGGAGACACUGUCACAAGAUUGAUGCGAGGACUCUUCGGUAAUCUGUUGACAAUAGCAGGCUCAGGCGUGCGUCCUCAAAGUAUGGUCUGGCAGUUGUUCGGUCUGAACCCUCAAUACAACGUCCCCAAAUCCGAUGUCGAUUGGAUUUGGUACGAAACUGUCGUCGCUCUGUAUCCUUACACCGGGUGGCCUCUUGAGCAGUUCAACGAAAACUUGGAGAAGCUCUUGGACAAGGCAAUUGUCCGUGUGGUGACCAAGAGCGAAGAGGUGGAUUCGGUAAAAUUAAACCGGACAGAUCGGAUCAUCAGGGCUUCCAAGCUUCGAAACAUUGAGCUUCACCAUUCCCGCACAAUUAUUACCGUCCUCAUGCGAACUUUUACAGCGGAGGAGUCUGACAUCGCUACCAUCGCAACUCGUCUGCUAGACCAGCUUCCAAAGCAGUUAGAGCGACAGAGUAAGGGCUAUACCAGGAUCAUCCAGUAUCUUCAUCAUCUCGCCAAUGGAGGUCAACGACGUGCUCACGAUGACCUCAUUCUCGCUUGCACCUACACCGCGCGCUCAGCUGCCUUUGGCUCAAUCAAGAUCAAAGUUUCAGAAGCUUGUAAGAACAAAGAAUGGGCAAAGAUGAAGGAUUCUUGUCAAGCGAUUUUGGACAAACAUGCCGAACUUGCUUCUCUCUGGCAAGUUAAGCCUGAUGAUUUGAAGGUUCAAAAUAUGCAGGCAUACAAACACCUUCUAGGCGCAGACUUCGGGGAUGAUAUUGACGAAGCUACCAAAAAGAGUCUCGAAUUUAGCAGAAAGGUCAACGGCGAUGCAGAGAAAUAUCGUAUUCCUUGGCAAAUCGGGAAAAAAGGCCAAUUCGGCGAUAACAUUGAGCCUCUAGAUGAGGUCUCCCUUCACGAAAUUCUCACGGGAGAAGAGCCGCAAUCCCUUCCUACCAUUGAGUCAGCUGAGCAAUCAGUAAAAAACACAAGUACCAUGAUCGAAAGAGAAGCAGAAGGCGGAUUCGCAAAAUUCGAAUCGUCGAUGCAGUCUACCUUCAUCACUACGUUGCAAGGGGACCUUUCGGCUGAAAUUGUCUGCGGUAUCCUGAAUGUUCCUACUACUGCGAUGCGCGUCUUUAUUAAGGCUCUUGAUCCGAAGUUUGUGUGGGAGGACCUGGGAAAAAACUACAAGAGCACAAUCCUGGGGUUGCUGAAUGAGCGUUCAAAUCGGUUAGAGAGCCGUCCUACCAAGAAGCUGCUGGAGCUAGCGGGUGACAAAACAAAGCUUCAAAUUGACGGGUGUGGUAGGAGAGUUGUUUCAGAUAGGAAAGGGGUGUUAUGGUCAGAGGUGUAUGCUUAG